UUUCUCAUUUUUGUCCAGCUUCAGUCAGACAGUAGUCACCUGUUAGCAAGAGGAGAGAGGACCAAAGAUUAUCCUUAUUUCAUUUUCCAUUUUUUUUUAAAAAAAAAUUCCUUUAUCUUCUUCCCUCCACCAUAAAAAUCCAAUCUUUCUUCCUCAAUCUCUCUCCUCAAUACGACGCCGUAAAAUCCGCCGGCAACCUCGCCGGAAAACUCCACACCCAAAAAAUGGCGCUAAAAACCGUUAUCCCAUUUCCAAUUUUCGCGCCAAUUCCAACUACCACCUCAACAACCACCACUUCAACAACCGACGUUCGAUUUGCUCGUUGGAACAACGCCAACGCCGAGAAAUUCGAGCGAAAUCGCCGUACCCAGCAGCAAAUCGAGGAUGAUAUUCGUCGUUUCCGGCGCUUUGAAUCUGCCCUCAACAUUUCAGCUAGUUACGACGCUGAUUCCAGCGUCGCAACACCAAGAAACCCCAAUUUCAAAUCAAUUGGGACCCCUUCGAAGCCUUCAAUUUCGUCAAUUCCUGGGAAAAAAUCGAAAUACUCAAAACCCCAGGAAAACCCUAAUUCUGAAAAGGGUAAUUUUACUCACCCGGCGUUUCGGAGGGUGGCGAAACGGGUGAAAUUACCCGAAACGGGUGUUGGGGGUGAAACGGAUAUAAGGGUUGGGGAAAAUGGGGUGACGUAUGUGGUGCCAGGUGCUCCGUUUGAGUAUAUGUAUAGUUAUACUGAGACGCCUAAGAAUGUGAAGCCCAUUGGGCUUAGGGAGCCCGCAGUUUCGCCGUUUGGGCCGGGGACAUUGGGCCGUCCAUGGACUGGUCGGAAGCCGUUGCCUGGGAGUAAGAAGGAGUUGCCGGAGUUUGAUUCGUUUCGUAUACCGGAGCCGGGGAAGAAAGGGGUGAAGUCUGUUCAGAAGCCGGGGCCGUAUCUGCCGGGUUCGGGUCCGAAGUAUGUGGUGUCUAGGGAGGAGGUGAUUGGGGAGCCGUUGACGGCAGAAGAGAUUAAGGAGUUGGUGGAAGGGUGUAGGAAGACUAAAAGGCAGCUUAAUAUGGGUAGAGAUGGUUUGACACACAACAUGUUGGAUAACAUCCAUGCUCAUUGGAAGCGGCGGAGGGUUUGUAAGAUAAAAUGCAAAGGGGUUUGUACUUUGGACAUGGAUAAUGUGUGCCAACAACUAGAGGAAAGGACUGGAGGCAAAAUUAUACACCGUCAUGGAGGUGUUAUAUUCCUUUUCCGUGGUAGAAACUACAAUUACAAAACUCGACCUCGCUUUCCUCUUAUGCUGUGGAAACCUGUUACACCUGUGUAUCCCAGAUUAGUCGCACGUGUUCCAGAAGGGUUGACGUUGGAAGAGGCAACUGAUAUGCGAAAAAGGGGACGCGAAUUAACACCAAUAUGCAAGCUUGGAAAAAAUGGUGUAUAUGCCAGCUUAGCGAAAAACGUAAAAGAAGCAUUUGAAGCAUGUGAGUUGGUUAGAGUUAAUUGUCAAGGAUUGAACCCCAGCGACUGCCGUAAAAUUGGCGCAAAACUCAAGGAUAUUGUCCCAUGUGUAUUGAUUUCAUUUGAAAAUGAACACAUACUUAUGUGGAGAGGAAAAGACUGGAAGUCGUCUCUCCUACUACCUGAAAAUGGUGCAAAGGGUGAAGAAAGUUCUGAAGCUGACAGUGCUGCAUCUUAUGGCCACUCCUUGAAUUCUGAGGAUGAAGAAGGUUCCCAAUGUUCCUCAAAUACUUCAAAUCAGGGAUUAAAUGCUGAAAUGUCCAAUCGAAGCAAUGGUUUGGCAGAUGAUCUAGACGUGGGUGUUACGAAAGUGGAUGAUAAAUUCUCUGUGAAAGAUGAUGCAUCAUUGGAGGUCAAUGAAGCUGAUCCAUCACAGAUAAGUGGCCUAGGAAAUAAAGUCAUAUCAGAUUCCGAUAAUCCUUCUGGUGACAUCAUUGCUUCUGGUUCAUUAGACAAGGAAACUAGGAUAGUUGACAGUAUUUCUCAUGACAGGGAGCCUACUUCCUUAUUAAGUCCUUCUGGUUCUGAAUUAGAUGUAGAUGGUACUGCUGACUUGGAAGUGUCAUCUGGGAACUCUUCUGGUGAUUCAGCAGUUUAUGGGGGGACGCAAGGCAUGUUAGAGACCUCAUCAGCGAACCCUCAUCCCGCGUUAUCUUCCCCAUGCACUGAAGGUGUACAGUACCUUUUAAGACAGGCUGUAGAAAGUGGAAGAGCUGUGAUACUUGAUACCAGUUCCUUAGAUGCAGACGUGGUUUAUGAAAGAUCAGUCUCCUUUUCCCUUGAAGCCCCACCUGGACCUGUUUUUACAUACUAUCCUCGGAAGGUGGCCAUUAAAGAAAGUGAAAACCAAAAAACUGGGGAUUCAGAAGCCGAUGAAGCACUACCAGUAGCAGGUCCUGUAAAUAAACCAAAGGAAAAGAAGUCAAAGGAAAGGAAGACCUCUACUCACAAGGAAAAGAAGACCUCUACAACUCACAAGGAAAGAGAUUUUGAACAGGAGUUUCUAGAUCUAGUUCCCCAGGGAAGUCUAAAAAUAGAUGAGCUUGCUAAGUUGCUGACUUAAUAUGCUAUGUGAUUACACAACUCUUGUAUGACCAUCAAUACGAGUCAUUACGUUUUUUUUUGGAUAUGGGGUUUGUGUUACCUGGUACAUAAAAUCUUACUGUCUGAUGUUGUCUUUCAGCAUAUACUGAUAUACUGGAAUGGCAUUGUACUUUGUACUUGUGUAAAAACAAAACUUUUGUACAUACAUCUAGCUUCAGAUUGUAUCAAACUAUAUCACAAACUAUUUUCAAGUAUAUUUUUCAAUUAACAUAAACUA